UGGGAGUCUCUCUCUCUCCUGCUCCCUCUCUCGCUCAUGCUCUCGCGCAGGCGGGUCCAUCUAUCCCGUGUCCGGGGGUUAACGAGGAAUAAUCGGAUUAUCCCGCUCGCGCACCUGCAGCCAUGAGACCACCUGCUGUAGCCCUGGGGUGGAGCGAGCGUCGGCGUGGAGGGGGGCUGUAGGGCAGGUGUGAGGUGUGAUCCUGCUGGACCGGCGGUCCGGACCGGAGAGGAUUUACUGCCUGGAAUUCUGAAUGGAUAUUUUACUGGCUGAGGAUCAGGCUGGGUUUCCUGUUCCGCUGACGUGAACCUCACUUUUCCCCUGAAUCUCUCAUCACUUAUAAAAUCAAUAAUAUUAUUAAUAUUUAUUAUUAUUAUUACAGUAAUAUUUACAAGUAAUAUUUAUGUAACUUUGAUUUUAAUAUUCUUUAAGAUUCUAUAAAGAAUCUUUUAAAAUUUAAAAGAUAAUACAUCAGAGUUUACAGUAAAAAAGUUAAAUGAAUAAAGCACAUUUUAUUUAUGUUAUAAAUAUUAAAAGUCUAUAAUGUAAGUAAAAGAUAAGUAUUAUAGAGUGUAUAGAGAUUAGAGUAUAUCCUAAAUAAACAUGUUCAGAUAAUUCAGAUUUAAAAUCACUGCAAACACUCAAGAGAAAAUGUGACUCAGGAAUCGGUCGUGUUUUAUCUGAACUCCUGGAAUUAAAAUUUUUCUCUGGAAUAUUGGAUUAAUUAACGUUCACACCCGGGAUGGAGUUACAACCGGACAGUGGGAAGGUCCAGAAGAAAUCCACGAGCCAAAAACUGGAGGAUCAGAAAAAGAUCUACACAGACUGGGCCAAUCAUUAUCUAACUAAAGCCGGCUGCCCUCGCCUCAUUAAAGACCUGACCCAGGAUAUCCCAGAUGGAGUUCUGCUGGCCCAGAUCAUCCAGAUCAUCGCUAAUGAGAAGGUGGAGGAAGUGAGCGACUGUCCCAGGACUCACUCUCAGAUGAUUGAGAAUGUGGAGGCUUGCCUGACAUUUCUGGAGGCCCGAGGAGUCAGUGUACAGAGUCUCACUGCAGAAGAGGUGUGUAAAGGGAACCUGAAGAGCAUUCUGGGAUUGUUCUUCAUCCUGUCCCGCUAUAAGCAGCAGCAGCAACAGCAGCAGCAGUACCUGCAGUCUCUGGUGGAGCUGCAGCAGCAGGUCACGCAUCAGUCCACCGGAGCGGCGCCAGCGAGCCACAAAACACAAGACAUGCAGUCCAGUCUGACAGCGCGGUAUGCCAACCCAGCUGCCCACAGUGGAAUAGCAGUGCCUCAGAAGAAGAACACAAGGUUGCCAGGUCCCUCUAGAACCCCCACUGCAGGCAGUGUGGGCAACGUCAGUAAAGCUCCGCCCUCAUCCUCGGCCCUGAACCGGAGGAGCCAGAGCUUCAACAGCAUCGACAAGAACCGCCCACUGCAGUAUGCCAGCGGCAACGAGAGAGAAUCAGUGAAGUCCAUACCUCUAGUGGGCAGUAUGAAUGGCAGCACCAGCGGUCAGCAGCUGGCCUCAGCCAUCCCCUCCCCAACGGCGGGCAAGGCCUGGCGCAGCAAGUCCAUGAACAUGAAGCACAGUGCCACCUCCUCCAUGCUGGCCACCAGUCCCACCUCCUCUCCGCCCUCUCCGUGUGCUACUGACCGUCCGCGGGCGCCGUUGACCGACGCCUCCAAAGCAGCACCCGGGAACCAGCGGUCCAUGCUGGACAAGUUCCGCCUCAUAAACCCGCGUUCUGCAUCCAGGACUUCUCCAUCUAUGGCAGAAAUGGCUCUUCAAGAAGAGGAUGAUUUGUCGGAAUAUGGGGAUGAAUGUUUCUGUAGCCCUGUUCCAUCCCACGGAACGCCCAAACAGCAGGGCAAGACCCCCUCGCCCUCCGCCUUGCCCCAUAACAAAAGCACAGCCACGAGCACUGCUAACUCUGCUAACAGUCAAAGUAGCAGCUCCAGCACCAACAACAAGAACGCCUCAAAGGCUCUUCCUCAGCCCAAAGACAAAGAGGAGAAGAGCAGAACCAAAAGCAAAGCCAGCUCUCCGCCGAAAGAAGAGCCAGCACAGGUCGAGACGGCUAAGAAGACAUCGAGAAUCGCUAGUAUGAUUCCUAAAGGAGGCAAGGCUCCUCCAGCAAAGAAAGAAAGCGCGAUCCCGGCGUCCAGCAGCAUCCCAAAACCCGGCCUGAAGGCCCCAGCAGCUUCGGCCGGCACCAAGCCUACCGGGGCUCAGCCGGGCAGCGGUAUGGGUGCGCCAGCGAAGGAAGGAGGCGAGAAGACGAAGGGGGGUAAAGGAGGGCAGCCGUACUACAUGCAGAGACUGGAGGGCAGGAAGAGCAGCAUGGUUUCCUCCACCAGCACAUCAGCUCUUUCCGGCUCUACUGGUUCCACCGGAGGAGGAGUGGUGCUGGGGGGCAACGGGGCUGUACAGCUACCCCAGCAACAGCAGCACAACCACCCCAACACGGCAACCGUUGCACCUUUUAUAUGCAGGACGUACUCUGAAAACGACUGUACUGCAGUUAUCGAGCCGUGCCUCAGUCCCACUAAAGAACUCAUCUACAGCAAAACUGCCAAACAGUGCCUAGAGGAGAUAUCAGGUGAGGACCCUGAGACGAGACGAAUGCGGACAGUGAAAAACAUUGCUGACCUCAGACAGAACCUGGAAGAAACCAUGUCAAGUUUACGGGGAACACAGAUCAGCCAUAGUACUCUAGAGACCACUUUUGACACCACUGUAACCACAGAGGUCAACGGGCGUGGCCUCCCAGCCCUCUCCAGCCGUUCCUCCCCCAUGGCCUGGAGGCUCGCCCAAUCACAGAGCCCUCGUCUGCAGGCGGGCGACGCCCCCUCUAUACCUGGCUAUGUCCCGCCCAGGCCUGCUGCUGCCAGCGGGCAGGCCGGUCGCUACACUGACACCUCGCGAUUCGUCUACACUGCUCCACUGAGGAGGGCGGCAACUACAGGUGGCAGAGGGGCGGAGCCAGGAGAGAAGGGCGUAGGCUCUGAGGCGGGGCCGGAGGGCGACGUAGGCGGCUACAUGAGUGAUGGAGACAUACUGGCCAAGAACGUACGAGCUGAAGACAUCACCAGCGGGUACAUGACAGAUGGGGGAAUUCACCUGUACUCUCGCAGCGUGAGCCGCCCUGACCUGCCGUCCACUCGAGAGACCACCCACAGAGGGGUUCGAGAGCCGGGGGAAGCUGACAGUUGGGAUGACAGCAGUUCAGUCAGUAGUGGUCUGAGUGAUAAUCUGGACAACAUCAGCACCGACGACCUGAACACCCCAGCGUACUCCGGCGCUCCCACCCGCAAGAACAAAGCAGGACAGUCUCAUAAGGACAGGUACUGUGAUCAGAAUGACGGCAGUAGUUGGGGCGGGGCUGAGGAGCUAAAGAAGGUGGAAGAAGAAAUGGAGGCUAUGGAUUCUUCAUCCAGAUGGAAAACCUCCUCCUCAGCACAGGGCGAGGAGGCGGGGCAAAAGGGGGCAUCACACACAUCCAUGGGGCACACGGGCUCAUGGAGGAGGGGCAUGAGUGCCCAGGCUGGAAUCACGCCCCCUCGGACCAAGGGUACCACUCCCAACAUCAAAUCUACAGGUAAGACAGACGACGCUAAAGCGUCAGAGAAAGGCAAGUCUCCGUGUAAAUCCCCCAGCAUCCAGCGCUCACCAUCAGAUGCAGGUAAAAGCAGUGGAGACGAGGGCAAGAAGCCACCGUCUGGCAUCGGCCGUCCUGCAGCUACCGGAUCUUUUGGAUUCAAGAAGAUUCCGUGUCCGUCCGGGCCGAUCGUCACCGCCAGCGGUGCUACGUUAUCCAGCGGUUCGGCCACACUGGGCAAAAUUCCCAAAUCUGCUGGCAUAGGGAAGGGUGGACCUGGGAGAAAGACGAGUCUGGACGGGUGUCAGCACCAAGACGAUGGCGUCCUGCUGGGAGUCGGGACGUCGAAGGUAACGCUGCAGUACCGCUCGCUUCCUCGACCCGCCAAAUCCUCCAGCGGAGUCGGAGGGGUGGCCAGAAGCGGCUACCGAUCCAGCUCUAGCAGCAUUGACUCCAAUGUCAGCGGAAAGUCAGCCGGAGGGGGCGGGACUGGGGGAGGAGCUGGGGGCGGAGCCAGCGGAGGGACUGGCGGCGGUACAGUUUCUGGAGGCUCAAAGAGACGGGAUGGAGGGAAAGUGGGAUCGGGACGCUCGAGUCCGGUCACGGUGAACCAGACCGAUAAAGAGAAAGUUGCAGUUUCUGACCAGGAUGGGGCAGCACUCUCCACUUCACCCAAAUCCAGCCCAACGUCCACAGGGCUCAGGCAGCCCGGGUCCAAAUAUCCGGACAUCGCUUCCCCCACCUUCCGCAGGUUGUUUGGUAGUAAAGCGAGCAGUAAGCCGAGUUCUCCAGGAACGCCGGACUCUGGGAAGUGCCCGUCUGUUCUGGGCAGUCCUCACGGCACGCUCGCCCGCCAGCCCAGCCUAGACUCGCCCUCCUCGGGCACGGGCAGCAUGGGCAGCAGUACGGGGGUACACAGUGGGGGGCGGACACCGGAGCCCGGCAUGGACUCUCCCGCCUCUAGCCCCGCCUCCGCCCUUUCCCUACCAUCAAACGCCCGGCCCUGGCCCCCCACCCUCAGCAGCUCCUCGGCCGGCAGCAAAGAGACGCUGAGCUGCCAGAGUCUGACCAGCCUCCACACUAGCUCCGAGUCCAUUGACCUGCCACUGCCACACCACCACCACCACGCCCCCAAGGUCACCCGCACUGGCAGUGUCAAGUCCACUCUCUCAGAGGGCAUGACUCUUGACAGAAACACUCUGCCCAAGAAGGGAUUAAGACACCCUCCCUCCUCCAGACAGACAUCCCAUGAUGAAGGGAAGGAGUGGCUGCGCUCUCACUCCACUGGAGGACUGCAGGAUACAGGAAGCCCACUCUCUCCCCCAGGAUCUACAGGAACCAGUGCAGGAAAAUACCACUACUCUAACCUGUUGAGCCCCACCAGUAUGUCGCAGUUUCCUUUGUGCAGUGGCAGUAUGAGCAGGUCGAACAGUAUUCCAGAGCAGGACCGGUUUGAGCUGUUUGCUGACGGGCGGGCGCUGGGCGGCAGUGCCACCUCACUAGAGGAGCGACCGCGGGCCAUGAGCCGGUCUGGAUCAUUCCGGGACAGUACUGAUGAAGUUCAUGGAUCGUCUUUGUCUCUGGUCUCCAGCACCUCCUCCCUGUACUCUGCGGUGCUCUGCUAUCUGGGCAAGACUGAGGAGAAGGCCCACUCUGAGGGACAAACAGUCCGAAAUACUACGCAAAUCAGAAAGCUGCGGCGGGAGCUGGACGCCUCCCAGGAAAAGGUCGCCACCCUGACGUCCCAACUGGCAGCCAAUUCUCAUCUGGUAGCAGCGUUUGAGAAGAGUUUGGGGAAUAUGACGGGCCGCCUGCAGAGUCUCACCAUGACGGCAGAACAGAAGGAGUCUGAGUUGGUGGAGUUGAGAGAGACUAUAGAAGCUUUAAAGACUCAGAACACUGACGCCCAGACUGCCAUACAAGUAGCACUGAAUGGACCGGACCACCUACACAGAGAUCUGAAGAUCCGUCGGCAGCACUCGUCUGAGAGCAUGUCCAGUAUUACCAGUGCUGCCAGUCACUCCAGUCUGGGAAGCUGUAAGGACUCAGAGGACAAGAAGAAGAAGAAGAAGAGCUGGCUGCGGAGCUCCUUUAAGCAGGCGUUUGGGAAGAAGAAGAGUACGAAGCUGCAGACGGCCCAUGAUGAGCUGGAUGAGAUACCCGACUCACUGCCCGCCUCACCCAAACUACAGCACCAGAGCAACCAGGGCUCCACACCAACCCUGCACUCCUCACCAUCCACCACAGAGUUGUGUGAGUGUACUGAAGCAGAAGCUGAGAUUAUCCUGCAGUUGAAGAACGAGCUGAGGGAGAAGGAGCUGAAGCUUACUGAUAUCAGACUGGAGGCUUUAAGCUCCGCCCACCACCUGGACCAGAUUCGAGAGGCCAUGAACCGCAUGCAGAAUGAGAUCGAGACACUGAAGGCAGAGAAUGAUCGUCUGAAGUCCAGUGGAAACUCGACCCCCUCUGCCACGCCUGCUAAAACGGCCCGCCCACCAUCCGAAACCUCCAGCACCUCCUCCUCUUCCUCCCGUCAGAGUCUGGGCCUCUCCCUCAACAACCUCAACAUCACUGACACCAUCAUGUCAGAUCUGCUGCUGGAUGAUGGUUUUGAGGGAAACUUGCGUAAGGAGGGCCGGAGCGUGAGGAUAGUCGUCACCAUCUGCGGCGGAUCCAACAGAACCAAAGCGAUGAAGGGUCAGGAGUAUCUGAUCGGCUCCAUCGGCGUCAGCGGCAAAACCAAGUGGGACGUGUUGGACGGUGUAAUACGACGGCUGUUCAAGGAAUACGUGUUCCGGGUGGAUCCGCUGACGAGUCUGGGUCUGAACUCGGACAGUAUCGUGAGCUACAGGAUGGGAGAGGUGAUCCGCUCUCACGCUGCCGAGGUGCCCGAGCUGCUGCCCUGCGGGUACCUCGUGGGAGAUAACAAUAUCAUCAGCGUCACUCUGAAAGGCGUGAGGGAGAGCAGUAUAGAUGACCUGGUGUUCGACACGCUGAUCCCAAAGCCCAUAAUGCAGCGCUACCUGAACUUGCUGAUGGAGCACCGGCGCAUCAUCCUGUCUGGACCCAGCGGCACCGGCAAAUCCCACCUCGCCACCAAACUGGCCCAUUACAUCAUUACCAAAUCCGGCCGAGAGGUGACCGAGGCCAACCUCGCCUGCUUCAACGUCGACCAGAAAUCCAGCAAGCAGGACCUAAGGCAGUAUCUCUCCACCCUGGCGGAGCAGUGUAACUCUGAGCACAGUGAAGUGGAGCUCCCCCUGGUGGUGAUUCUGGAUAACCUGCACCACAUCGGCUCCCUGAGCGACAUCUUUAACGGCUUCCUCAACUGCAAAUACCACAAAUGUCCAUAUGUGAUUGGGACGAUGAAUCAGGGCGUGUCCUCCUCCCCAAAUCUGGAGCUGCAUCAUAACUUCAGGUGGGUUCUGUGUGCGAAUCAUACGGAACCGGUGCGUGGGUUCCUGGGCCGGUUCCUGCGGAGAAAGCUGAUUGAGAUGGAGAUUGAUAAGAACACUCGCAGUAACGAGCUGAUCAAAAUCAUCGACUGGAUCCCCAAAACCUGGCAGCACCUCAACGGCUUCCUGGAGGCACACAGCUCCUCAGACGUUACCAUAGGUCCGCGGUUGUUCCUGUCGUGUCCGAUGGAGGUGGAAGGGUGUCGAGUUUGGUUCACUGAUCUGUGGAACUAUUCUCUGGUGCCGUACUUACAGGAGGCAGUGCGGGAGGGGCUACAGCUGUAUGGGAAGCGGGCAGCGUGGGAGGAUCCCUGUAAGUGGGUGAUGGAUACGUACCCCUGGAGCGCUGCACUGCUGCAGCACGACGGACAGUCCCUCCUGCAGCUGCGGCCGGAGGACGUGGGGUACGACGGCUACAGCUCCUUUAAAGAUGGAGCCUCGUCCAAACAGGUGUCCCAGAGCGACACGGAGGGAGACCCACUGAUGAAUAUGCUAAUGAGGCUACAGGAAGCCGCAAACUACUCCAGCACUCAGAGCUGCGACAGUGACAGCACCAGUCACCAUGACGACCAGCUCGACUCCUCCCUCGAGUCAGCCCUUUGAGCCCUGCCCACUUACCCCCGGAGGAGGCGGGGCCUUAGCCUUCUUCUUAUUGGUUUAUCGGAAGCAGCAGAUCAGAACUGCUGCUGGACCGGAGUGGAUGAAGUGAGUCCGCUCUAGCGCCCCCUGCUGGAAGACCAGAGGGCGAGGAGGCGGAGCCGAGAGAAAAGUGUCGCACACAGACGGACGCUGGUGCAACUUGCUAUUUACAUAAAAAAUGAACAACAUCAAGAACAAUAACAACAACUGGAAGUUCUGGUUUAGUUGGGAUUGGUCAGUGUUAUCCAUUUUAACCCCUUAAACCCAUCAUCUUCCCGUACGGGUUCCGCUGAAAGUAUCCAAUAGCGUAGAGUUAACUCUGUCUACGUCUCUAGUCUCAGCCUGACGGCACUGUUAGCAGUAAGGAAUGCUAUUUGUGCUAGUUGGCAUGUUCAAUCUUUUGGUGCCAAAUUUCCAGUGUGAAUUCUUUAACAACUUCUUUCAGAAACUUCAGCAGAACUAAUAGAUUAUAGUUGGCAUCCUGGUGCUUUAACCCCAACCCAACAUUCCUAACCUGCAUGAUUCUCGGGUGAUCCAAAGGGACCCAAAAGUGGUCCCAUAGCAACCUUUAGUAAGUCUGCUGGAACAGUGAGGGGGCCACACAAACCCACAGGUGGUCCGUUGGGUUUGCUAGUUGGUCCAUAUGGUUCACUAAGUGGUCCAGAUGGUUCCCUUAUAUGACCCGUAGUGAUCUACAAGGUUGUCCAUAGUGUUCUCAAGGUGAACAUAUGGUCUGCUAGGUGAUCUACAGAGAACCCAGAUGGUCCACAUUUUUGCUCAGUCCCUUUGGUAUGUAAGCUGGUCCACAGGAAUACCUAUUGAUUCAUAGGUACUCACUUGUGGUCAACAGUAACCCCCAGAUGGUCCAUAGGGUUCUUUAGGUUGUCCACAGGCACUGUCCCUGUGGUUUUCUAGAUAACUCCUUAGGUUCUUUGAAAUUGGUUUGAAGAUCACAGAGACCACCGCUGGUUCAUGGGGGACCCCAAACUGUAUCCCAAUAAUAUGGUUCUAUGACUUUUAAACAUGGUUGAUCUGGUGCUAUAUCAAGCAAUUUAUAAACCUUGUUUUUAGGUGAUUCUUAAGGUGGCUCAAUAUGGACUGUAGUCUGGUCUCCAGUUGGUCUUUGCCUACACUCAUUUUGCCAAAAGAAUGCUAUUAAUGACCAACUGGAGCCAGACUGUGGUGAAUGAUACUCCAUCCAUCAGCCAACAUUCUGCCUGGUAUUUUUGUUUCUGUAGGGUUUAAGGGGUUAAACAAACUGUUUUAAGCGACCCGUCUAUAGUUUACUAUUGAACAACAGGGGGCGACGUGCUGAACUGUGACCUCAGUGGACAUCCUGGUGCUGUUGUGGCGCCAUCGUUUACUACCCGUUCACACCAAACCAACGAAGCACAAGCCCCGCCCUGUGUUAUUUCUACUGUGAAACCCUCACACACACCAACACCCAUACUCACACUUCCUGUACACUGCCAGACCAACAGCAGCCCCCUCUACAGGCAACCUUUAGAUUAACAGCGACAACAGUGGUGUUUGGCUCUGGUACCGUACGGGUGUGCAGUUCGCGUCCUCAGCAGAGCGCCGGACAGUGCUGUGGACACUGAGACAGCGGAGGACAUGCAGGAUGGGGACGUUAUUGGGAACUCGCCUGAUUAUUGGUGCUUUUUUGCUGCCUUAAACGUGCUGAGCUGUGGCAGAAGGAACCGGUGGAACCAGCGCAGGUUCUUCCCACUGGAGAACCGAUGAUGUAUCAAACAGUGUGUGUCCCGAUAAAAGCCACGUAUGUCCACUUGCUUUAUUUUUGUUACCCGGACCCGCGAGCGUGUGGAACCGCAGCGUAACGGGACGGUCUGCAUGUAGAAUAAUUCUGAACAUGUGAUAUCAGUGUACGCUCCAGCUGAGCUGGACGGAACCCACCUGAGAUGAGCACAAAUCUGACCCGAUGCUUGGCUAGCAUGCCUGUUACUGUUGUGUUUAUUUUUUAUUUUUAUUGUCUGUGUGUGUGUGUGUAUGAGUAUGUGUGUGUAAGUGUGCGUGUAUGAAUGUGUGCAUCCAUCUUUUUUUUUUGUUGUUUGUAAAUAUAUGAGUCUUGCACAGUUUCUCAGUGACGUUCCUCACCUGUUCUUCUUGCCUCACAGUGAAACUGCAGUGCAGCUGCAGUGAAGCUCCAUUUGAAACUGCAGUAAAGUUCCAGUGAAGCUCCAGUGUUUUACAGAGUAAAAAAUAGAUACAUAUUUUAUAAAGAUAAAGAUGUUGUUCACUGUCCAAAGUUCAUCUCCAACCCAACCUGCACCAAUUACACCUUACACACACCAACCACCUCAGAUCUGAGCUGAAUUAAACAACAGAUUUUAAUUGAAAUAUUUGUAUUUUAUUAUUGCUGUAAGAGUAAAUAAGACCCCUUAUAGACGUUUUACUUACAGUAAGUCAUUCUUUUGAAAGAUGACUUGUUUAUAGUGUUAUUUCCAAUAUAAUCUGUUUUGUCUGAUAGCACAAAAAACUGCAUUAUUCUGUAAUGUAAACACAAUUAUCUGCAUUAUUUCUCAGACGAGAAUAAUCUGCAUUAGGUAAUGAAGAAAAAAAAUUGAUCUGCAUUAUUCCAUAAUGUAAACUAAAGCAUCUGCACUAUGUCCCAGACUUGUCUCAAAGUAAACAAGCUGAUCUGAAUUGUUUUAUUAGUACUCCAAACAAUCUGAAAUACUUCUCACAAUUUAUUUAAACAAUCUGCAUUACUUUUCAAAGUGAAUGAAACAAUCUGCAUUAUUUCACAAAGUGAACAAAAUGAUAAUUUCUUAAAGUAAACAAUCAGCAUUAUUCCAUACUGUUAACAAUAUUAACUAUAUUAUUCUAGAGUUACACAAAAUGUAACAAAAUAAUCUGAAUUAAACAAUGAUAAGAUGGUUUAGUUUCUAAACCAGAUUAUGUUAAAUAGUCUUAUUAACAGUGUUAUAACAGUUAUAUGAUGAAUAUUAGAAUGAUAUGUAAAUGAGGUGAAUUUAAGUGUAAGGUGUAAUUUCUGCAUUUCUUCGCUUGUGGACUUUAGUUCAUCUAAAUCAAAAAAAUACAGCAGAACCUGAAGCUGAACUGAAUUUUACCAUUUUACUGUGAAGUGGUUUUCAUUUUUUGAGUACAAUGUUCUAUACUCCAGAUUUGUUUACAGUACACAGAGAUACAGUUACAGAGUCUUGGUUCUAGACUGCUGUUCUAACGAUGCACAGUACUGAACACAACAGGUGCUAUGGGUGACCUUUUGACUUUUCCAACAGUGCCAACUCAACCUCAGGCCGAAAGUUGCGUCCGAAAUCGAGAACCACUCACGACACGCCUAGAACCAACUAUUUUUCUGCACUCUAAGCACAGAGGGUUCUAGAUACCCUUUAUAGUAUAUGAUUAAUAGAGUAUAUAGUACUUAAAAGGGGUUCUCUGACACAAAACAGUAGCUGAACCCCAGCUAUGUAGAACCUAUACAGUGCUAUGUUAUAGAACCACUCUCUCUAUAUGCCACUGGAGGUUCUGUAAAGUUCCAAAGAAAGUGUUGUUUUCUUGUUUAUGGAAACCAUUUUAAAAUAUAAGAAAUGUUUUUGAGGGUCAUGGUUCUCUUUGGUAAAGAACAACUAAAGAAUCCUUCUUUGGUAACAAAGUGUUUUAUUGUAGAAUAAUUGAAACUGAAUUGACAGAGUGUAAAGCUGUAAGAGGCGCACCCUUAAAGAUAAUAUAUUUAGAACCGAUGCACAAUUUUGAAAUGAAUUGAAAAAUUCUGCUCAGAACUGUAGUUUGUUGUUGCACAGGAAACAAAAUAUUGUUUACAGACACUUUCCCUGGCAUCUGCUAAACUACAGACCACACCCACUUAAUUACAGGACACAUGGGAUCAAAAGUAUCUAGUGCAUGGGUUCUUUAGAGACAUGUCAUAGAGUUUUACUGUUCUCUUAAGAACCUGAACCAUUAGUUUAAAAACAUGUGCAGGUGGUAAGUAAGAUGUGCUUUGCAUUCUCAUGGUUCUUAACUGACUCACUGCCUUGACUGAAGAUCGAAAAUGCUGUAAAUGUUUCAUUGACUUGUGUCGUGGACAGUGGAACCUUUUUGGUGCUAUCUAGGACCCUUUGAAAUUUUCUUUGAAGAACCAUGUACAACAGGUUUUCCAACAUGGUGAAGAAUCAUUUAACCCAGUGAAGAGCCAUUUAAACUUCCAAAUGGUGAUUUGAGAAGUUACAGUUCUAUGUAAUUGGUUCUGUAUAUUGGAAGGUUCUUUUAGGAACCUUGGAACAAGGCUCUGCUACAUUUUUGCUUAAAAAAACACCUUUAGAACCAUGUCUGUAAUAUAUAGAAGCCUUUUCGAGUGUAGAACAUUUUUGGACACUAAAUGUUUAUGACAGAUUAUACAGUUCUUGGUUUGAGAACCAGUGUUUGGCAUCCCUAUGGCAGGACUCCUCAGAAUCCAGUGUUUCUGGGCAGUACUGGUGUUCAGAGUGAGCAGUGGAUGAGAAACACAGUCCCUUCUCUCAGUUCCACUUCCUCAGGCAAAAACCCUUAAAAAAACAGUUUCUUAAGGGUUAGAUAGUACUGAAAAUGGUUCUUUAAGUCAUAACAGUGGAACUCCUUUGGUGCUAUCUAGAAACAUUUAAAAGGUUCCUUAAAGAAUCAUGUACAACAGGGUUUUCAUCAUGGGAAAGAACAAUUUAACUCAGUGAAGAACCAUUUUAACAACUCAAUGGGGCUCUGAUAUGUUAUGGUUCUAUGCAGAACCAUGUCCUCUAUCACGAAACCCUUACAUUUUUUUUGGAUGCUGCUAAAUGUUAGAUGGUUCUGUAUGAUGAAAACACUCUUGUGUAAGGUUCUUUAAGAAUGUUAAAAAGGUUCCUCUAUAGUUUUAAUUCAAUGAACCCUGUAGAACCAUGUCAGUACUAUCUAGAACCCUUUUUAAGUGUAAGUCAGGUUCUUGAUUAGGAAACAAUCAUGGUUCCUCUAUGACAUGACUCUACAGAACCCUGUUAGAGAACCCUGUAAAUAUGGGCAGUACUGGUGUUUAGAGUGGGCGGUAGAUUUCGGACGCAGCCCUCUCUCAGCUCCACCUCCUCAGGCACAGAUCUGCAUAACCACGCCCUCUACUGGCCCAGCUACUUCUAGACUUUUUUUUGGCCUUCAGCUCCUGAAUGUUGUAACUGUUGCGAUGUUUGCUGACCACAGCUGUCGUCCGCCCUGAAAUCACAGAACCCGCCGGUCUAACGAUCUGGUCUGAUCCGAACUCCGGAACCUCCUCCUGGACUCCUGCACAUCUGUAGAACCCGCCUGUCCGGGUCUCUGUACAGCGUCUGUGCUACACUCACCUUUACUUUACCUUUAUUAUUUUUACUGUUUAAUGUUUUUGGUGAGGUUCUAACCUGUCCUGCGUUUCUCGGUGGAACAUCUGUGUGUAAAUGUUUUAUAUUUUGUACAUUUGUAAUUAACAUAUCAUGUAAAUAAUAAGAGACCACAAUUUAAAUCAUCUGGAGAAUUUUGUAGUCUUUGUAAAACCUAAUAAAUUCUGUUUGGUGUCUCCUGAA